GCUAAUAAACUGGCACUGACUCAAGCCCCCCCCCUGCCUGGCUGCCAAUGGAAUCUGCAAGUAAUGCAAACCAGGAGGCAGAGCGGAGGAACAGGAUGCAUGAAGAUGCUCAGAGGAGGUUGGGGGGGUGGGGGGUGGUGGCAGUGGUUUAACAAUAACAAAUCUCUCUCCCGAACCACCAUCACCACCCCCCAGAGCACCCACCCCCCACCCUGACUGUACGAGAGUAACUCUCACUGGCACAGAGCCCUGGCGUGGCCAGAUGUUGGCAAUAAGAGUGCUAUAAGAUGGGUCCUCCUUUAAUGUGCUCCGAUGGAAGAAACAGAUGCUGGCACUGUCGGUUCUGCAGUGUUUCUCAGUCAAGUGAUUCAACCUCCACAGUAACUGGGAUGCGUCUUUUGUUCUUUUUUCCCCCUCUUCUCAUGAGCAAGACGUAGCCGAAUGCUCAUCGUAGCCCAGCCUUUUAAACGGGCUAUCAUAACCCACACGCAAAUUAAACCUGAGGCAUUGACACUUAAAAGUCGGACCUACGACCGUUGCGACUAUUAGGCGAAUCAUAACUGUAUGGUAAAGUGAAAUGCCCGUUAAAUGCUGUAAUCUCUUGUGUGUGAACCCCCUAGGAGACUGAAGAGGACGCUGUCCUGGGAGACGCCCCCAUUGAGCUGGAUGGCCAGGCGACUACUGGGGCUCCUCUUUACCAUGGACCCACCUUCCCCCCAGUCCCCCCUCAGCCUGUCCCUCUCACGGAGCCCGUCCUUGCGGUCAUACACCGGCGGGAGACCCUGGAGAACCGUCUAGUUGACUGGGUUGAGCAAGAGCUGAUGGCCCGCGUCAUUACAGAGAUGUUUGCCCGGCGAGCCCAGGGUGACCCGACCAGCCACUCAGACCCUGCGGGGAGUGAAGCCUCAGAUGCAGGGGGGGCAGCCAGUGGACUACGCCUUCAGUUCUUUCUGGAUGAUGGUGUCCCAGUGGACACAGCUCUACUCAGGCAUCAUGUGGAGGAGGCCCUGGCUGAUAUCAUCUCCAUUAUGCUGGGGCAGAGGGAGGGACGGCCAGAGCCCGCAGCUCCCAGCACUCAGCAGCAGCCAGCUGCAUCAGAGGAGGCUGAGGUUCCCACCCCGGUCCCCACCCCUGUGGCCACUCCAGAGCCCAGCGUCAGACAGAGCCCUCCAGCCCGCAGCCACCUCCAGACCCCUCUGGACACCCCCCAGCCCUCGGAGCAGGGCUCCCCAGAACAGUCAACCCACGAGCCUGAACCUCAGCUCACCACUCAAGAAGUGGAGCAGCCUGCAGUCGCCACACCCUCCACUACUCCUGUUCAGUCGCCCCCCAGAGUGACCACGCCCUCCCCGCCACCACCCACCCACACGCUGGCCAGCCUGCGGGACAACCCCUGGGGAGACGCAGAGCUCCCGCUUAAAGAGGAGGAGCCUCACAGCGAGAAGGAGGAGCCACUCCAGCCCGCACCAGUUAUAAUGUCUGUGGCCAGAGAAGAGGACGCCAUCCUCCCAUCUCCUCCUGCAGCCAAACCUCAGUCUCCAGUGCCUCCACCUGCCGCCACCUCUCCCCCUCCACCUCCUGCUCCUGCUCCUCCUCCUCUCUCUCCCUCCUCCACGGAGGAGAGCAGUUCUGGUGUCUCGCUGACUGAGACAGAGGCCGUGGGGAGACACAUCUCAGAGGGCGAGCUGCUCCUCAGCUACAGCCACAUAGCAGCAGCCAGAGCUCUGGAAGAGGAGGGCCUGAUUCUGCCCAACCUGAAUGCCAGUCUGGCCAGCUCUCUUCUGGGUGUGCAGGACAUGGACUAUGACCCACCUAGUGAAGGGCAGGUGAUCCUAAGACCACACACGCGGUCUCACCACGACCCAAUCCUGGCUCUGCUGGCCCGUAUGGAUCAAGGCCCAGUCAUACAGGAGCAUGCUGAGAGGUCCUGGGAUGAAGGCAGCAGUGCAGGCGAGGUCAGUGAUGGCCAGAGACCCCUUCUUACAGCAGGAGGACAGCGUGUGAUGACCGGACACACACUCCUGGAGCCCACACACACACACAGAGCAACGCUAACAUCACCUGGACAACUCACUGAAACAGGUGAAGCUGGGCUGCUGUCCACGGACACUGGGCUCCGGGCCAGCACGACCGGGCCGCACAGGCCGACGUCUGGGCCCGACACCCCCCCACCUGGCACAGCCCGACCUGCCGGGCCUCCAUCGACGUCAGGCCGCUCAGCCAGCCCAGAGGAGGCACAUAUCAUGGCUCCGGAUCCUUUUGUUCAGCCGGCACACAGACCCGCUCCUCUCCUGGUGAGGCAGUGUGAGCAGCAGGCCCCGCGGGACUCCCACAGGCCAGAACCAUACUACCAGAAUGGUCACAAGGACGUGGAUGACUUCUUUGAGGACAAAGUUAAUGGAGAGCGAGCCAGUCAGCAGGCGGAGGCUGGAGCCGUCAGGCAGAUGUCAAUCCGUCUGCCCUCCGCCCCUCCAGAGCUGAACUCAGCCAGCAUCAGCACCAUUGAGGGAGACACAGACUCCUCUGCCAACGAUGUCUUUUAACAUUGGGCCCCCAUCUCUACCCUCGACCCUGACACGGGCCCCCUCUCUACCCUCGACCCUGACACGGGCCCCCUUCCCUGUCGGGCCCCUCGGCUGCCUGGCACAGGCCCCUCUGAAUGGGGCCCCUCUGCAGCGCGGCCAGCAUUAGUUCCCCAAAGGAACCUCCAGAACCUCUCCGACCAAUCACGUGUCUUAACUCAGGAGGCUUCACAUGGAUCCACUCAUCACACUUUUUUAGCAUUUGAAGCCCUUCAUCUUAAAUUCUGUUCUCGUAUGUGGGUGAAAUAAUUUAUUUUUUGGUAUUGAUUUAUUUAUGUGUUAUCUUUGCCGCUACGCCUCAAGUGUGGGUCUGAGGAGAUCAAUGUGUUUCUGAAAUCUGUCUGGUGCCAGAGAAGGACGAGUGUUGGUUUUGAGUGGUUUUUGAGAGAUAAAAAAAGCUUCUUUUUUUUUUUAAUACUAAUAAAUCUUUUAUCUACUGUG